UCUAAGAACUAUAUUGUAUUUAUUUUAAUUACAUUAGUUUAUUUAUAAAGUAAUAUAAUGUAUAUGAAAUUACGCGUAAGGUGCGCGUGCUCAUUGCUAGUCAGUCGCCGCCGAAAUGUCUGGAAGGAAGCACGUGCCGCGACCGCUCUCGGUGUUCAAACAAACAUCACGGGCAUCAAAGUUAUUGGCACUAGUGCCGCCAAUUAACGCCUUAUCAGACGUAGAAAAUCAAACCAGUUCGGAUGAAGAGGUUGUUAUAAGCACAUGCUGCCAAGACAGUGACGAUUUGUCCUCUGAAGCCCCAUCUAUACCGUCGUCAUUAGAAAAUUUAGAUAUUUCCGAAGACGAUGAAGAUAGGAAUAAUGCUUCUGAAGAUGAGAUACCCAAUAGCGAGCUAGAAGAUCAAGAACUAGCAGUGCCUCUAACACCAAUAAUCAACCAAGUGUUGCCGUCGACCAGUCAGGUAAAUUUUGAUAAUAUUCCAACAUUGUCGUCCAUUCACUCUAUACCGUCUGUUGAAGAUAUAUCACCGAUACCUAAUGCCGUGAAUACCAGGUCUAAAAGAAGGCGCUAUGUCAACACCCACUCUCGUGUCCAUAAUAUCAGGCCCAAAAAACGUAAACCCACAGACCACAAAUGGAAAAAAGGCAAAUUCCUGCACAAAGCCGAAAUAACUAAUUGUGAAUUUAAGAAUAACUUGCAUCCCGAUUUCACGCCUAUAGAUUAUUUUUGGAGAUACUUUUCUUUGGAUAUUUUACAAGACAUAGUACAUAAUACCAACCUUUAUGCAGUUCAAGUUACUGGCCGAUCCAUCAAUAUCUCUGAGGACGAAAUGAAAGAUUUUAUUUCCAUAUUAUUACUUAUGGGUGUGGUAAAUUUGCCAUCAUAUGUAGAUUAUUGGUCGAGAGAAUUACGGUACCCAGCUAUUGCUGAAAUUAUGUCAUUAAAAAAGUUUGAAACCAUACGAAGAUACAUCCAUUUUGUUGAUAACUCCUGUCCAAAUUCAGAUCGUUACUUCAAAGUUAGACCUUUUGUAGAGAAAGUGAGAAGAAACUGCUUGGCUACCGAAGAGGAAAUGACAUAUAGUAUUGACGAGAUGACCAUACCGUAUAAAGGCAAAAAGGCUGGUAACAGGAGACAGUACAAUCCCAUGAAACCCAAUAAAUGGGGUUUCAAAAACUUUGUCCGAGCAGGCAUGUCGGGAAUUGUAUAUGACUUCUUGCUUUAUGGAGGUGAAGACACAUUCAGAUAUAUCCAGUUUUCACAAGCCGAAGAAACCUUAACUUUAGGAGCUAAAGUUGUCAUUGCUUUAUGCAAGACAAUACAGAUGAGAGCCUGUGUCGUAUAUUUUGAUAAUUACUUUUCGACUAUAGAUUUGGCAAUACACCUUAGAGACGAAUGUGGUAUAUUUAGUUUAGGCACUAUACGCCAAAACCGGCUAAAAGGUUGUGAAAAACUACUGAUGAGUGAUAAAUCUUUAAAGAAGAAAGGCAGAGGUUCCUAUUGUCAAGUCGUUGAUAAUGACAAUAAGGUAGCUAUAGUUAAAUGGUACGAUAAUAAGGUGGUCACUCUCAUCAGUACUUACGCUGAUGCUUACCCUGUAGGUAAAAUAAAGAGAUACAGCAAGGAAAUGAAAGCACGAGUUGAUGUGGACUGUCCGGAACUCAUAAAGCAUUACAAUAGUAACAUGGGAGGCGUCGAUCUCGCAGAUAUGCUGGUUGCGUUGUAUCGGACUACUUAUAAGAGCCGUCGUUGGUAUACUGCAAUCUUUGCCCAAAUGCUCGACAUUUGUGUCAACAACGCCUGGUUAGUUUAUCGCAGAGAUUGUAGUAAUCGGGCAGUGAAGCACAUGCCUUUGAAAUCUUUUCGGUGCCAAUUAGCAAGAGAGUUACAGAAUAAAAGUAGAUGUCGUAUAUCUGUAAGCAACAACUGUCGAACAGACGACAGUGUCCGCUAUGAUAGUAUUGGCCAUUUCCCUAGUUUUGGAGAGUCAUACGGUCGCUGCAAACUAUGCAUCAAAAAUAAGACUGAUGUGUAUUGUCUAAAAUGUAACCAAAGACUGUGUUUAGUACGUAAGAGAAAUUGUUUUUAUGAUUAUCACAGUAAGUGAAAGUUUCUAACUAUGUUGACUGAUUAUAUAAUACUAUAGUUGUUUAAUUUUAUUUGAAAUUUAGAAUAAUAAUUGUUACGUAUCUUUUCAUUCAGACUGAUUAUAUUGUUGAUCUCACUUAAUUUUAGU